CUUCAAGAAUUCAUCUCCUUGAAAGGUUGAAAUUUCGUUCUCGAGCAUGCACAAGAACGCUUGUAAAAAUUCCUCGUAGGUCCUUAACUAAAAGAAUUUUAAACCGUCCUGAAAUAAAAUGCAAUCAGAAUGGGUCAUCUGAGAGAUAUUUAAAAGAUCCUGAAUUAAAUGAUAUUCCUAGAAAGAAUGGUAUUUUUCAAUUACAGAAUAAUGAACAUGUCAUAAAGAUGAUUAAAGUUGCUCGUAAUAAUGGUGCAACACUACGAGUUAUGGGGGCUGGGCACUCUGUUUUAGAAGCUAUUUAUGCUCAAAAUGAUAACCAUAUUAAUACAACUCUAGAAGGGGAAUUUAAAAGAAUUCAUUUCAUAAAUACUGUUGAUAAUGGAAAUUUUGCGUGUGUUAGUGUAGGAGCAGGAUGUCAUUUAGGAAAAGACCCCAGUGAUAGAGAGUCAACCCUUGAAAAUUCUUUCAACUAUCAAGUCGAUAAAGAAGGAUAUGCACUCCCCAUUUUAGGUGGUAUGAGUCAUCAAACCAUAGCAGGUUUUCUUCAAACGUCUACUGCGGGUGGAUCUUUGAAACAUACUAUUGCUGAUGUUUUAGAAGAAAUAGAGUUUAUCAAUGGAAAAGGAGAACUAAUUAAAUUAAAUAAAGUUAAGAACGAGUAUAAGUUUAAUGCUUCGGUGGUAUCUAUGGGGUUGUUUGGAAUAAUUACUAAAGCG